GUCUCAUUCAACUUUUUCCAACUGAAGCUAAAGAAAAGAACAUAACAAAUCGUAGUAGUAUAGUGUCUUCUUUCUUCUACAAUCACUCGUCACUGAAAUAGAGAAAGAGAGAGAGAGAAACAAGAAUCAUCCAUCCAUGGAAACCAAGCUAUUGAAUCCUCCUUUUCUUCUUCACUUUCCUUCCUCUGUUUCUUCUUCUUCAUCCACACGCACAUUCUUCCCCUUUCAUCACAACCGUUCUUUCAAACUAAUCAUCGCUCACAAUUCACACACCGAACAACAACAAUCUCAAUCUUCCAAACCAAUUUACUCUCCUACACCCCCCAAUCGUCAACUUCGCACCCCUCAUAGCGGGUAUCAUUUUGAUGGAACUGCUCGAAAAUUCUUCGAGGGUUGGUACUUCAAAGUUUCCAUUCCUGAAAAGAGGCAAAGCUUCUGCUUUAUGUAUUCAGUUGAGAAUCCUGCGUUUCGCAAGGAAUUGUCGACUUUGGAAUUAGCACAAUAUGGACCUAGAUUUACUGGUGUUGGGGCACAAAUUCUUGGUGCUGAUGAUAAAUACAUUUGUCAAUAUACUCCCCAAUCACCCAAUUUCUGGGGAAGUAGGAAUGAACUGAUGUUGGGUAACACUUUUGCGGCUAAACAAAAUUCGAAACCUCCCAACAAGGAGGUUCCUCCUAAGGAAUUUAAUGAUAAAGUGUUAGAAGGUUUUCAAGUCACUCCCCUUUGGAAUCAAGGUUUCAUUUGCGAUGAUGGAAGGUCGGAUUAUGUAGAAACAGUAAAGACUGCUCGCUGGGAGUAUAGUACACGUCCUGUAUAUGGUUGGGGUGAUGUUGGGUCUACACAGAAGUCAACUGCUGGCUGGCUUGCAGCUUUUCCUGUUUUUGAACCACAUUGGCAAAUAUGCAUGGCCGGUGGCCUGUCAACAGGUUGGAUAGAGUGGGAUGGCGAGAGGAUUGAGUUUGAAAAUGCCCCAUCUUAUUCAGAAAAGAACUGGGGUGGAGCGUUCCCGAGAAAAUGGUUUUGGGCUCAGUGUAAUGUUUUCGAAGGUGCUAGUGGAGAAAUUGCACUUACAGCCGCUGGUGGAUUGAGACAAAUCCCGGGACUAACUGAGACAUUUGAAAAUGCUGCAUUGAUUGGAAUUCACUAUGGUGGAAAGUUUUAUGAAUUUGUGCCAUGGAAUGGUGUUGUAAGCUGGGAAGUAGCUACUUGGGGUUAUUGGUUUAUGUCUGCAGACAACGGAAAUUAUGUGGUUGAAUUAGAAGCAACAACAGAGGAUCCAGGUACUACAUUGCGUGCCCCAACAUCAGAAGCUGGCCUUUCCCAAGCUUGUAAAGAUACAUGCUUUGGAAUUCUAAAAUUAAAAUUGUGGGAAAGAAGAUACGACGGCAGCAAGGGAAAGAUAAUAUUGGAUGUGACAAGUGACAUGGCAGCUCUAGAAGUUGGAGGAGGUCCAUGGUUUAACACUUGGAAGGGAAAAACGUCAACUCCACCUGUUCUUAGCCGUGCUAUUGGAUUACCAGUAGAUGUAGAUGGCCUCUAUAAUCUGUUUCCUCUGUUUAAACCACCUGGCUUGUAGUAUGUUGUUGUUUUAAUAUCCUUGUAAAACUUCUCUCUUGAUGCAUAGUUUCAUGGUAAGUACAAAUUUUUGGAAGGGAUUCAUGAUUAGAAAAGUACCAUGUUUAUACAUAGAAAAAAUCAAAUGAAAAUAAUUGUAUGUUUAAUGUAUAAGAAUGUUAAUGGAAUUGUUAAUGUGUGUUUGGUUGGAGGGGAGGGAAGAAAUUAUUUUAGAUUUUAGUGG